CCCCCCCCCCCCCUCACCACCCUCUCCUCCCAGGUAACCGAACCGGUCGGCAUCUUUUAUCGUGGAGAUUCACUUCUUGAAAUUCGGGAGUUGGUCGAACGGCUCUUGAGGGAGUUGUUGCUGGCCUGUCUCCCUUGGUCCUUCGUGCUUCCGCCAGAGAGUCAUGAGGAUGGGACCAACCUCAUCUCCUACAUUUUCUGCCCUGGACCCGAUCGUCGUGGACGACGACAUGGUGAACCCUUAUCAAGAUACCGAUAUGGACUUUUUGGACUCCACGAGGCUGCAGUUAUCGUCUGAAAAUGCUGGUCAAGACUUCGAUGAUCUGUUCACCCGGGCCGCAUCAUCCCGUACUGUCACAGAAUCAGAACCCUCGUGUCUCUCGCCCUCGGAGUUGUCCCUGAAGCGCUCGUAUCAGGGACAAGACACCUUACGACGCCCCGAGGUGUUAGCCUCCGAUUCCCCAGCGGAAUCCUCAGAUAACUCUAGCCCGAGCUCAAGUUCUGAAUCGCCUCGAAACCAUCUUCGGGACUCAUCCGUCGCCUCCUCUGCCUCUGCUGUUCACAGCGAAAAUACAGUUAUCCCUUUUGGAUAUACCUCCGAUGAUUGGAUGAACCCCGAAUUUGGACAUGUGAAGGAAGAGUCUCUAUUUGGCUUUGACCCUUCACUGCCGAACAUGGAAAGCGCCUAUCCCGCAGACACCGACCUCGAAUCGAGUAACAAGGCCAUGGAUGCUGCCUUUGACUUUGAAAGUGCUGCCAGCAGUCCGAGCCCUCUAAUGGCCGCUUCGACCCCGCUGCCACAGCCAAGGGCCCAGAAAAGUUCGAGGCCGCAGUUGCGGGGCGCGCACGGCUCUAUGAAACGAAAAUCUGCUUCCCCGCGAAUCUCCCAAACCGCAGCUCCGUUCUUCUCCCAUAACCCCAAGGAUGCUCCUUCCCCAUUCUCGGUCGCCAAAAUGCCUACUCAAGUGAAGUCCCCUUUGAGUCCAUGGGGUGGGCAAUCCCCGUCGGCCUUCCUCGAAGAAAGUUUUGGUGGUAUCAACAUGAACGGCGGUUCUCCUCUAAACUCUAACCUGAACCUCAGACCCAAUGGCCUUCCUUUUAAUAUCAACUUCGCGCUUUCUCCUGUCCCGAGUCACAUCGAACCGGAAUCAUCCAAACGUCACAUUUUAACCGUUCACCCCACCUCCCUCAAAUCGCGUGUGGAAACCCAGAUCCCUAUUAGGUUGACGCUAUAUCCGUUACCUCCUGGAGUGAAAAAGUUACGUUUGCCCAGCCACACCAUUUCGAAACCUAAAUUUCUCGCUCCACCGGCUACGGAACGUUCCCCCGACACGGCCGAACUGUAUACCAGUCUCUUCUGCACAAGUGCAAUGCAGGACCAGGAAAAGCUACAAAAAGCUUUCGCGAAGGCGAGAGGGGGGGGCCGAUACCGCUCUCCUAGCGCUUCCCCACAUGCUCAGGAUGAGUCGCAGGAAGACGAAAAACCUUUGGACGGCGCAGAAGUGAAGAUCUGCACUGGUUGCAUACAGCGGGAGCGGAAGCGCGCAUUUCGAAAGAAACAGCGGAAGCCGGAAGAGGAUGAGUUGUUUCAAAAGGAUGAAGACAAGCGUGUGAUCGUCUUUAAUACCAACGAGAUCAAGGAUUGGACCGAGCCGUCCAAAACCGCGACUCCUGGACAGAGUGAAGCACAGGUGCCUGUUCUUCCCGCAGGGGCAAUGCAGGUGGAGCUACCGAUGCGGAUCGCCUGCUAUUGUAGGCACCAGAAUGAGAAACUUGGGUUCCAGGUCAUAUUCACUGUCAAGGAUUACAAGGACAAUGUGAUCGCCCAAGCAAUUACAAACUCCAUUAUGAUUACAGAUGAUCACAAAACCCACGUACCCCCCGCUCCUCCUGCCCCUGGCCCCUCUCCGUCUUUACCUGAUGGUACCGAACUUCCGGGUGUUGGUGUAUUCCCAUCAGGUCCGAGUCUUGAUACUGGGAAAAUGGCCGGCUCACCACAACAGUCGAUCCAGUCACCCUCAGCAACCGACUUGCAAGGCCUACAGCAAAGAUUCAAUUCACAAUACCAGCACCCCUCCAGCUCUUCUGCCAAUUCGGUGACUGUCUCAUCAACCUCACAGACUUCGCGCAGCCUGUCGCGACAGGCGUCCCCAAACGACUUCCAAGGUCCCACCAGCAAACGACGAAAGCAUAGUAACUCGGGCAGACUGCCUUCGGAGCUAACCAUGACCAAACUGGAGCCUGGACAGCCAUCUGCUGGGGCCACCAACGGCGAAGCUCCGUUCCCUGGUGGCCGGGGCUUUACGUCGCCAGCCGAGAGACCUUUUGUGACCUCGUCCGCCAUGGCCGGUCAGUUUACGAAGGGUCCGCCAACUCCCACUAGCGGGGAUUCCAAUCCAUUCUUCACAAGUUUGCAGCAACAGAACUUGGAUCAUUUUAUUCAGCAGCAAUUAAUGUCUGCGCCUAACUCGGCACAGCCCAGUCGCCCCGGAACACCAGGUGGAUCUGCCAGGAACAGCCUCCAAGAGCAGAAUAUAAGCCUUUCUAUUGGCCCUCAGCCGACAACACCGAUGUGGCCGCCUCUCACUAAUGCAGGAAACCGGCUACCGUCGGUGAUCCACAAACUAGUUCCCGCUGAGGGCUCUAUCACUGGCGGAACAGAGGUCACUCUCUUGGGCAGUGGCUUUUACCCUGGCAUGGAGGUUGUCUUUGGCGACACCCUCGCUACAACGACGACCUUCUGGGGCGACAAGUGUCUGAACUGUUUAACUCCGCCAGCCAUCCAACCUGGGUUGGUGGCUGUGGUUUUCAAGCACGAGCACCCCACUUUUAAUUCCCUACAGCAGGCCCAGCCAUUGGUACCGAAGCAGCGGCAGUAUUUUCGAUAUGUGGACGAUCGCGAGCUGCAAAUGUACCGUCUGGCCCUUGGGAUUCUGGGGCAGAAACUUGGGAGCCAGGCGGAUGCGUUCCAAACCGCUCAACAAAUCAUGGGCAGUGACCUCAAAGGGGCCUUCGGUCUCCAGAAGGACUUUCAAGGGUCUUCUGGCGGCCACCAAAGGCAGGUUCCUGGACUGGAGUCGCAAGGCAAAUUGAGUGAUAUGGACUCAAGGAUGUUAACUUACCUGGAAUUUAUCGACCUGGACGAUAACCCACGACCGCCGAGGUAUAAUACUCGUUCCGUCACCGGCCAGACCCUCCUUCACUUUGCAUCUUCUCUAGGUUUGACACGAUUUGUGGCCGGGCUUCUUGCUCGAGGUGCGAAUCCCGAUGUGCAAGAUAGCACCGGAAACACGCCGAUGCACCAUGCUGCUUUGAAUGGUCAUGCCCACAUUGUCCACAGGCUCCGUCUUGCAGGAGCAAGUCCCAAUGCCCGGAGCAUCCGGGGCUUUACUCCAGCGGACCUUGCCACUACACUCUCUGCUCACCAGGCAGCCUUGGUUCCCGCACGUCACUACCGCUCGCGCAGCGUUGGGUCAUUGACCUCCUCCCGACGCCGGCAUAGCAGCUCCGCGUCGCUUCACUCCAUGUGGGAGUCUUCCUCAGCAUCGGGCUCUUUCGACCACGCUGUAGAUGAUUCGGACGACAGCGAGGAUGACCAGGAUGAACUGGUUUAUACCGUGUCACGCAGAUCCAGCAUCCACCACGAUGCACCCGCACCGCUUGCGACACCCGAGCCAACUGCGCCGGCGGACGACACACGCCCGUUUUCCCCUCCUGUCGCUCUCGUCGCCUGGCGAAACCAACUCCAAGCUCAAAUCAAUCAAUUCCAGCAGAGUGUCGCGAAUGCAUUCCCUAAUCUCCCCAACCUCCCAGCCUUGCCGCCUAUGCCGGCUUUGCCAGAUUACCAAGCACAUCCCAUGAUGCGUCGCAUUACCAACCUCGUUCCACACCGCCCAGCAUCCUCCCGUGGUAACAAGGAUGGCUGGUGGGAUAUGCUAACAGGAAAUUUAGCCCCCAACACUACCGAACUUCCUUCUUACGAGGAGCUAUAUCCACAUCAGGAAAACGAGGAGGCGAGACGGGUCAAGAAAUCCAGCAUGCUGCAAGCUGCGGCUGAGGCGGUUGUUGACCACCAUUUUGAGGCACAGGCCAGCUCUUCUAGAGCCGUGUCUACUCGGGAGAGCGAAGACCUCAAGGACAUCCGAAUCGGUCGAAACGCCAUCUCUCGUGAGCAACAAAAGCAUCUUCGAGAGCAACAGGCGCGCCGAAUGAAAGGUCUCGCUAGUGAUCGGAAUCUGUAUUUCAUUUGGAUUCCUCUCUUGCUUCUGGUGAUUUUUGCAUGGGUUCGAAGCUACAUUCCAGGGAUAUCGCAGGAGUUCUCUAAUGUCUACGAGUUGGUUAAAACCCGUUAUGCGCAGCGCGCGUUGGAUAUCGGCACUUAGCCCCAUUUGCAUCUGAUCUUGUUUGACUUGCUUUUCAGCUGGGGCGUUGUGCGUCUUCGGAAGUGGCUAUACACACAAGGCAUGUGUCUUUCGUUUGUUCGGAAUUUUCUCUUGCGUAUAAUGACGGCAUACGACCAUUUAUUCACACAUCUAUUCUACCUUCAAUUUCUGUCCCCUGUUUCUUUUUUCUUUUCUUUUUUUUUUUUUCCCGAGGAGGGUUAUGUGUUUCCGGGAUACUUGUACAGAGAGAGCUUCCCUGUGCGUGCUUCAGCGGGUUUCUCCCUCUUUCUUUAUGAACGCAACCAUGCGUAGGGGACAUUUCGAUUGAGAUUGAGAGGGCGGUCAUUGUACAUAAUGCCACGAUAUUUUUUUUUUUUUUU